CAAAGGAGAGCAGACAGCAUGCUGCCGUCAGGAGGGAGCGAGUGACGAUAUCAUUCAACAGGAUCAUCCCAACCGUCGGCGGUGCUUCAACGAUGCCUAUUGCAGACCUUUUGGGCGUACAGUUCGACAUGCAGCUGCUUCUGAAACUCAGCGUUUCUGCUGCUGUGGUGCUUUUCGUGUCACUGGCUUAUCGAUUCUACACAUCCAGAGAUCCGGCCAAACCACAGCAGCUUCUUGUUGAAGGCAACGCACAGCCACCGAGCACCACCUUCCGCAACUGUAAGACGGAGUUGCCUUCUCGGUGUGACAGUGAAAAGACGCCCAAGGCUACUGUCAGUCCUGAACUGACGCCUUCUUGGAACGCAGCUGGUAAGGAUUCUGUUGACCGGGACUCAACUGUGAAAGACGGACAUACUGCUCCCCAAAAGCAGGAAGAGGUCGCCUCCGCUGAAGUUUCAACCGAACCCAAUGUGAGCCGUGUGCCCGCAGCACAGGCAGCGAAUUCCACAAGGAGCCGGUCCCCAUGCUUUUUACAGAAGUUAGAGAGCAGUGUUGGAGUGGGCCGAGAGCUGAGGCAGGACUUGGAUCACCAGGGAACACACUCCACCUUCCUCUCUAAGGCUGAGAUUAAAGUGGUAGACGCCAACCUGGUUCUGGAUGGUAAAGGAGAUCAGGUUUUACCUGGAAAGAUUUACAAUUACUAUAUACGCUCCAGCUCUCACUCCAGCUCUGACUCCAAAGCGGUUCUUGGACAGUCAGGUGAGUUACGAAAGCGCAAGUGCGGCGAAGAUCCUGACACGCCCCAAGUUCUGAAUCACAAAGACGAACCAAGAUCGCCUGUCCGACGCAAGCAGAGCUACCUGUUUGCUACUGAAGAGACUGAGCUGCCAGCUUAUGUUCAAUUAGACCUAGUUACUGACUCUAAUGUGCCCAUUAAGACUGCAAACCUUGAAGUUCUUGAUGUGGAAGAGCAUACACCUAGUGCCCCAGAAUCGGAAGCACUGAAUCUAAACCUAGGAAACUGCUUGGAAUCCCUCCUUAUUGCCAAGCGAAAUGGUCAAACGACCACGCAGCAGGCCGCCCUGGGGGUCUUGUCCGACAACUACCUCCAAGUGCUGAAGGAACCAAACCUUUUUGGGCGGCUGCUGUCCAGCGAACGUGAACUCAUCCGGGAGCAGAGAAUGAGAGGCAGGCAAUAUUUAAUGGUGGCAGAUAUGGACCCCAGAGACUGUUCAGCAGGAGGGCAGCAGGCAGCGCUGAGAAAGAGAAUGUCAAGUGCUGUGUACUAUUAUGAUGAUAACAAAAACGUGUGGCAAACGCUUUGCCUUAUCCCGCCAGAGGUGGUCAGCAGAGCCUGUGCCAUGUGUACAAUGGAUAACUACUUAUUUGUGGCCCUGGGCUGCGAGGGCGCAGACAGCGAGAAGACACCCUCAAAGCGGGUAUUUUGCUACAAUCCUUUGACAUCCAUUUGGAAGGAGAUCAGUCCAAUGAAUGAAGCCAGACCUCGAUGCAAACUGGCAGCACUAGAAGGCUUUGUCUACGCCAUCGGAGGAGAGUGCCUCUCCUCAGUGGAACGCUAUGAUCCUCGAGCCGACAGAUGGACGUUCGUGGCACCACUGCCUUAUGACACCUUUGCUGUGGCGCAUCACGUCGCCGUUUGCAGCGGGGAGAUUUUUGUCUCCGGAGGAAGUCUGAGAUACAUGCUGCUGCGCUACAGCCCCGCCACCAACACAUGGAGACACACUCUGCUGGGGAGCAAAGACCGAACUGCGGAUUUGGAAGCCGAGGGGAGAUUUCUGUAUCGUUUUGAUGUCAACCCACAGCUCGGCAUCAGCGUCUACCGCUACCACACCGUGGCCAAGCUAUGGUACGAGUGCAGCAGCCGGCGGCUCCUCCGCUGCCCGACCUUCCAGUGCACCACCAUGGACGGCACAAUCUACUGCAUCAGCCGUCAGUUCACAAUGAGAUUUCUGGCUGAUGAGAUUUCGCCGGCGUUCAUAGAUGAGGAUUUGAGCGUCCUGUCUGAGGGGAAGGGCAUGCUUUUCCCUUUUGUCCUCUCACUCCCCGAUAAGAAGCUGCGCCAGACUAGCGUCUGAAGGUUUUUCAAUAAGACGAUGGCGAUGGAAAAUCCCCGCCCAAGCACGCUUGAUAAUGACUGUGUUGUUUUGCCUUGUACAGAUCCAUCCCAAAGCCAUCACAAUCCAAGUAAAACUGAAGCUAGAUAUGGGACUCCUGUGUCCUGAGGUACUUCAUUAAAUAUCUGUUUGUCACGUCUCACUACUUGUCAAUAGAUGCAAAGUAUUAUCCCGCUAAUUUCAGUCAAACUACAAUUUGAUUAUAUUUGUGCAAGCAGUGCAGACAUGUAAAUAGUUUGCUUCUAUUAUUCGCUGCAUCGGCGCUGACAGUAAGUUCAUUUUAGAUCUCUGAAGGUCUUUAACCAAUUUAGUUGAGCGAAUAUUUAUGGAUAAUGACAGUCCAAAACAUUCCAGAGUUGGGCCACUGUUGUCGCGACCCAUCACAGCACUCUGCUUCCCGGGGCACAGACACUGUUAGACACUCUUGCUCUUUAUAUUUCCAUGUUUAUGGCCGCGUCAGACUAUAGAAGCAGAUGAUGAUGUGAUUGUAACCUUCAUGAGAGAGGUUAUGGUCCUAAACAAUUGCUGUUGAAUAUUGACCACUAAU